UUCUUUAAGUGACAUCGGUCAGUUUGGAUCAGUCUAUAUCUACCGCCAAAGCUAUUUAGUGUUGUUCAAAGAGUAAUUUAAUAAUGAUGAAGUUUGUUAUUAUUUCGAUUGUUGUAACAAUGUCUGUUUGUUUGACUGACUGUUGGCGAGUAUUCCCGUUGGAAAUUGAACCUACUGUAAAGAGUGUUAGCGCUCAAGUGCCGAAGUUUGUCACAACUACAACUACACCUACAGCUUUUGUUAGUACAACGGUAGCAGAUGUGAAGUCAAGUCUAUCAAGUGAUGCUCCAGACGCUGUUGCACCUAAAUUUUAUGAAGAAAAGACAGAUGAAUCUAUCAGACCACCCUCCGUAGACUUAAUUCCGCCUAAAGAAGGUGGCGCCGAUUACUAAACAACUUACCGAUGACAUCAUUUAAUACUAUUCUUAAUUGUAUUUUAGAACUAGUAUAUAUUAACUAAGAAUAAUAUGGAAUUUCCAAAAUUACGAACAUUAAACAUGAAUUGCCGUGCACAGCGCUUACCACACCGUCCAUAUUUUAUACUUAGUGUAACUUGUGGCUUUGGCCGCGUGACAAACAUGUCCCCUUACAAAGGUCCAUAAAACACUAUAGGAUCCCGGCGCCAUCGACUUAAAAAUUGUAUUACUGGGAGCAAAUUACCGAUAUGAAAAGAAGCCUAUGUUUUAAUCCAGGCCACGGUGAAAAAAUCAUCCAAAUCCAUUUCGUAGUUACUGCAUUUACUUCUAACCAAUAUACAAACAUUCUCACAAACUUUCGCAUUUAUAAUAUUAGUAAGAAAACAUAAUAUAAAGGUUAACAAAUUAUGGUGGAAAGAAAACUAAACACAACCGAAAGUAGUAGAAAAUGAAACAGUUAAAAUAAUGUGGGAAAUUCCAAUUCAGACCGAGUCACUGUAAUACAUAAUAGACCAGAUUUAAUAUAUGUAGAUAAAGUUAACAAUUUCACCUACCUCAUAGACGUCACGGUACCUUCAGAUUAUAAUAUAGGAGCAAA